AUACAAUUAUAUACAAAGAGAAUACGCAUCGAUUUCAAAUAAACAAUUAAAAUAUUAGCCGCGUUUCCAACAACGUUUGGUGGCUAAGUUAUUAUUUUUUUUGUGUUUUGUGUUCCCAAUGGUGGCAAAUUUUUCGUGAUUCAUUAUUGUGAAACGGUGUUUUGGUUAUUGCGUAUUGUGCGACGAUCGCACUAAAAUACAAAAAAAAAACAGAAUAAAUUGUUUAUUGAUUAAUAGCCGGGUCAGUGCAUUCAACGAAAACCAGAAAACAUGGCGUUAAAGGUUUUGGUCGGUCAGAAGAUCAUGAAUGAGGUGGUGAAGUAUAAGCCGCCGCCACCAAAGAAGGCGGGCGCACCAGGUGCUGCCAAGGCAGCCGGCGCCGGUGGCAUUGAGUGGCGUGUUUUGGUGGUCGACAAGCUGGGCAUGCGCAUGGUCUCUGCCUGCACCAAGAUGCAUGAGAUUAGCGCCGAGGGCAUAACAUUGGUGGAGGACAUCAACAAGAAGCGCGAACCGCUGCCGACAAUGGAUGCCAUCUAUCUGAUAACGCCAUCGGAUGAGUCUGUGCGCUCACUCAUACGCGACUUCGAGAAUCCGGCACGUCCGAUGUAUCGCUAUGCGCACGUCUUCUUUACCGAGGCGAUACCACCCCGCAUAUUCGAAAUGCUGCAAUCGCACAAAGACAUUUGUCGACGCUAUGUGCGCACCUGCAAAGAGAUCAAUAUUGCCUUUUUGGCCUAUGAAGCGCAGGUCUUCUCGCUGGACUCGCCGGACACUUUCCAAUGUCUGUACUCGCCGGCGUUCGCCUCGAUACGCGGCAAGCAUAUUGAACGGAUCGCCGAGCAGAUUGCCACGCUGUGCGCCACAUUGGGCGAAUAUCCGAAUGUUCGGUAUCGCAGCGACUGGGAUCGGAAUAUUGAUUUGGCUGCCUCGGUGCAGCAGAAAUUGGAUGCCUAUAAGGCCGAUGAGCCAACUAUGGGCGAGGGUCCGGAAAAGGCGCGCUCCCAGCUGCUGAUUCUCGAUCGUGGUUUCGAUUGCGUAUCGCCGCUGCUGCACGAGCUAACAUUGCAGGCGAUGGCCUACGAUCUGUUGCCCAUUGUGAAUGACGUGUACCGCUAUUGUCCGGGUCCCAAUCAGCCGGACAAGGAGGUGCUGCUCGAUGAGAACGAUGAUCUGUGGGUGGAGUUGCGUCACGAGCAUAUUGCCGUUGUCUCCACACAGGUCACACAGAACCUGAAGAAGUUUACCGAUUCCAAGCGCAUGAGCUCCACUGAUAAGUCGUCGAUGCGCGAUCUCUCGCAAAUGAUCAAGAAGAUGCCGCAGUACCAGAAGGAGCUAUCCAAAUAUUCCACCCAUUUGCAUUUGGCUGAGGAUUGCAUGAAAUCGUAUCAGAACUACGUCGAUAAGCUGUGCCGUGUUGAACAGGAUCUGGCCAUGGGCACCGAUGCCGAAGGCGAGAAGAUCAAGGAUCAUAUGCGCAACAUAGUACCCAUUUUGUUGGAUGCGAAUGUUUCCAACUACGAUAAGGUGCGCAUCAUUUCUCUCUAUGUGAUGAUCAAGAACGGUAUCUCCGAGGAGAAUCUGACUAAGCUCUUUACACACGCUCAAUUGUCGACUAAGGAUCAGGAUAUGGUUCGCAAUCUCAGCUAUCUGGGCAUCAAUGUUAUUGCAGAUUCACGCAAGAAGAUCUAUUCGGUACCACGCAAGGAGCGAAUCACCGAGAGCACCUACCAAAUGUCUCGCUGGACACCAGUGAUCAAGGACAUUAUGGAGGAUUGCAUCGAGGAUAAGUUGGAUCAGCGUCAUUUCCCGUUCCUUGAGGGGCGUGCACAGAAUACCAACUAUCAUGCACCGACUAGCGCUCGCUACGGUCAUUGGCAUAAGGAUAAGGCACAGACGCAGGUUAAGAAUGUGCCACGCCUCGUCAUCUUCAUAGUGGGCGGCGUGAGUAUGUCGGAGAUGAGAUGCGCCUACGAGGUGACCAAUUCGGUGCGCAACUGGGAGGUGAUAGUCGGCUCCUCCCAUGUCCUGUCCCCGGAGAUCUUUCUCAGCGACCUGGGCAGCCUCUCUAAGGAGGAUUAAGUACAGUGAAGCACGCGCUAAAGCAGAAAUACACACAUUUAUGCUUCUAACAUCUCUUAGCCGGAUCUGUAAUUUGUUAUUUGAUAUAUAUCUGCAUACACAUAUAUACAUA